AUGGCAGCAUCUAUUGGUGGAGCAAUGUUUGUGAAAGCAAUCGAUGCAAGUGGAAAUAUAAAAGAUACAGAUUAUGUUGCAAACAUAUUUUUAUCAGUGAUUGAAGAAAUUGGGAAGCAGAAUAUUGUUCAAAUUGUUACAAAUAAUGGAUCUAAUUUUAAGGCUGCUGGGUUGACAAUUGAAAAUAAGUAUCCUCACAUUUUCUGGACACCAUGUGUAGUGCAUAGUCUGAAUUUGGCAUUAAAGAAAACACGGUUUGCAUCAUACAUUGUCAUGGCUAAACGUUUGAAGGAAGUAAAGCCAACAUUAGAGAAGAUGGUGAUGGAUGCAGGAUGGAAGAUUUGCAAAGGAGAUGGAAAGAAUCUAGUGGAUGCUAAAGCUCGUAAGGUGAAGGAUGCAGACACUGAUGCUCCUGUGUUACAUUCUAUAUAUGAUAUGUGGGACACUAUGAUAGAAAAUGAGAAAGCAAUUAUAUUUGAGCAUGAAGACAAAGAUCAUAUCACAGGACAAUCAGAUUUCCUUGACACGAUUCAUGAAAUUUUAGAAGCUAGAUGGACCAAAAGCAACACAUCUUUGCAUUGCAUAGCUCAUUCCUUGGUCCCUAAGUAUUAUCAUGAGUCUUGGCUUCAAGGUGGAAGUAAUGGCAUUCGGCGAUUGGCACCGCAUGAAGAUGAAGAAGUAUCCGGCUAUUUCAAUCAACCACAUGUUAUUGAAGCAAGAAUGUAUGAGAAGCCAAUUUCUUGGUGGGUUAAUCAUGGUGCUUCAACACCAUUGUUGCAAGGGUUAACAUUUAAGUUGCUGUCACAACCAACUUCUUCAUCAUGCUGUGAGAGAAAUUGGAGCACCUAUGGUCAUAUUCAUAGCAUCAAAAGAAAUAGGUUUGCAAGUAGUAGAGCUGAAGAUCUGGUCUUUGUACAUUGCAACAUAUGGAUGUUAUCAAGAAAGAAAAAAGAGUACAAGGGCGGGCCUUCAAAGUAUUGGGAUUUAUGUGGAGAUAGGUUUGACAUUAAUGGAUCUCCAAUUGAGUUUGCAGAACUUUCCAUCAAUGAACCUGAGUUGGAGCUUGUGACUUUUGAUGAUGCAAUGGAGGAUGUUCAGCCUGAUGAUGUUGGUCACGGUUAA